AAGUCACUCCUCUCCGAAUCAGACUACCAUUUGCUUUGAAAUCUCGUCUUCGAGAAAAGGUUAAGAGUAAUGCCAGCAAGAACAAAAAAUCAAAUGGUGUAAAGGAAAAACCAGCAAAAAGGCCAUUGCUUGAUUGUGUUAGCUCUGUACCAGAAGAGCAUCAUGUCUCUGGUUAUUCAGCAGCAGAGAGACUGGAAAGUCAAGAUCCUUUAAUCUCAGUAGUGGAGAAAGGUAAUGAAUCGUUGGUAUAUACAGAGGAUAAAGACACAAAUAAUGAAACUGUUCAAUGCAGUGUUGCCUUUGACGGUGAUAACAGCUACACAAAUAAGUCUACACUUCUGAAAUCAUCUUUACCAACUACAUCCAACAUAGAAACGGAUCACAACGAAAAACAGUCUCAACAUAUGGAAUCUUCCCUAGACUGUCCAGAUAAGUUAUCGGUUGCUGAUAAGAACACACACAAUACAGAAAAGCCAAAUGAUCCUCACCAUCUAGCAGAUAAAUUAAAGGAAGUGGUUUCCAAAAUUUCUUCUGGACGAAAGCGAAGGAAAUCAGCAGUGUUGCUGGACUCCCAGCCAAUUACACCAGAUGCAAAGAGAAGGAGGCUUUCUAAAGAGAAAGAGCUGGAUUCUUAUGGCAGUUGUUCAAAAUCUGUCAGAACUAUUGAUAAGAAUGUCCAAGAACAGAAUUCAGUUGUUGCAAAAUCCUGUGUUAUGGAUGAUAAGUCAAAGGAUGCUGGUGAGUAUUGUGAAAAAUCUAGUGGCGGUUUUGUUGUGUUACCCAAUACAUACAACGCAUCAAUAUCUGACUCUAGAAAUACACUAUCUUCAAAAGAGCCGUCUCAUCAUUCCAGUUCCUCAUCAAGUGUCAAUACAUCUGCAACAGAAAUGCACAAAGACAAAGCUUUGGAAACUGAAGUGGCCACAGAUGAUGAUUUACCUAAGAUUGUAAGAUCAGCUAGACUGAGGAAAGUUAGAGUCUCUAAAAGACCCUGGUUGAUGAAAACCAAAGAGACAAAUGUGGCUGAAUCCCAGAGCGAGACUGAAGAUCCAGAAGGAUUUGUCAACAAAAGUGAGGAGGAAAGCAACAAUUCAAAAGGACCUUGUAUGGAAAAAAGCAAAGAAAAGAAGAAAUCAGAAAUUGAAAAAUGUCAAGAAAGGACAAAGUCUCUUCGUUUGGAAUUGCGAAGAAUUUCCUUUCCACCAACAUCUUUGAAGAAUUUGGAUAGUAAGUCAAAUGAAACUGAUACAGCAAUGGUAAAACAGGGUCCAGAGAAAGAGAAGGAAUCAGGGAAAAGAAAUUUAAACAAGGGCUUUGAUAUGGAAGGUUUGGGAAAAGCUGUAUCCGGACAACAGUCUGCAGAAACAGAAUUGGAAUGUAUGGAGAAGUAUGGUGGAAGUGUUAAUGACAAUAUGAAUAACAAUAGCUCUAUUGUCUCCAGAGAGGGUGAAAGUACAUCAACUAUAAUACCAUGGAUAGCCCAAUCAUCGUAAAGGAGAGCAACUCAGUCAGUAUAGUCUGUGACACUGAACCUAUCACUGAAGUGUCUGCAGUCGGAAACACAGAUGAUACAGUCACAGAGAGUUUGACUGGUGUACAAACGGACAGUCCAGUAACAGGCAGGGUAGUCUCAAAUGACAAGAUCGAAAUCCAUGAUGAAAGUGAGGGAGAUGUAGAAGUUAUAAAUGUCAGUCAUAAACCAAAGGAUACUUUUGACAUCAAUAUUGUCAAUGAUCUGUUCUUUCCCGUGGAAUUUCAUGGAUCAAAACUUAUGUGUAUUACCUGCUUGUCGGGGAAGUAUUUUGUGGUGCGUGAACUUCUAAACAAAUGUUUUAUUGAUAUUGCAGAAAAGAACAAAAAGAGGGGAGUAUUCCUUUCAAAACUUUUUAAGCAAGUAUAUGUUGCCAAAGAGCGGGAUCUCAACAUUCCUUAUGUGGAGUUACCCGGGUCCUUACGCACUAGUAUCGGUGAUUACUUGAUGAAAGAACAAUUGCUAAGGAAGAGUCUUGUCUGCCACAUUGGAAUUAUCCAUGUGAAUGAUGCAAAGCGGCUUUAUCAUUUUUUCUAUGGUGUCAAAUCCUGUCAUGAUUUGAAGUGUGUGUUGCCAUGGUCAUCAAAUGAUUCCAUAGAAACAACGAAACACUCUGAUGAGAUUGAAACCAGGCAAGACGAGCUGAAAUCAGAAAAGGAUGUAGUAGUUGAUGUGGAAACGGGCACGACAGAAAAGGAUGUUGAAAUUAUAACAUGUCAAGUGAUAUUUGACAGAGAAGUGAAAGAGUCACCAGAUUUGGGAAAUACAGAAACUCGAGAAAAUACAGACUCCUAGAAUCUUGCUAGAAGCAAUUCAUCUGUUAGAAUCAGAGAACUGUUUGAAAGUCCCCAAAAUAUCCUCAAGGAAUGGUGGAGACCCCAGUAACAAGCAGAAGAAAAGAAUGAUGCUGAAGAAGAUGAGAGGACGACUAGCCGUGAGAAGUGGUGACAGGAGUGACUUGUCAGAUGACAGUGAUGCUACCAUACCUUACAUGGAUGAACCAGAACCCGAGAGUGAUGUGGAAUGUGACAAGAGCAGACUUUCUUCCUCUUCACUUCCGAAAGAUUUUGAAAAUUCAGGAACAUAUCAAUCUUGUGCUCACUCAAGUAAUAUGAGUUCAGAUUCCACUACUAUCAUUGACAAUAGUGCUCAUUCAACAAACAAUGAUCUGGUUACAGCCAACAGUGACAUUGAAGAUAGUAACAGUGAUGACCAACAGGAAAGCAGAAUUGAUCCUGACCUAAAUGAAGAUUAUGUCGUUAGGGGUGGAAUAGCUGAACUGUAUGAUGGCAUGUUUCGAUUCCUAGUGAUCAAUGGUAGGAAGUUUUUUCCCUUUGAAGACCUGUGCCAGCAUUAUGAGAAAGAGGAUCUGAUAAAUUGUUUGAAAUCAAAACCUGGUCAUUUCAAGGCUAUCAGAUGUUCUGUGAUAGAGACAGAUUUCCUGAAUAAUCUGGAACCAACUUUGCCAGUAUUGGUGGAAAAUGCUACCAUCAUUGAAGAAGACUUCCUCCAUUGUUCAGCUAAGUUGAAUUUCAGGAAAUUGUUUGACAGCUCUGAACAAGAAGUUGUUGACUUGACAACUGAAGAUGAUGCUGUAGUUCCACAGAGACUUGCAGAUUCUCCUGUACUAACGCCGGAGGCAUCACCAACGUUGACCAACCCCUGCAAGCUCUCCGCAUUUGAAUCAUUCAGCAAUGAGGACAUGCUUGUAGAUACAUCUGACGAUAUCCUGAUGAUGGAGUUAGGGGACGGCAAACUGUGACACACGAGGCAAAGAGUCUAUACAUACCAAGGAUGGCAGUUCAGAAGAUGACCUUAGUGCUAUUGAUGGUCGUGAACAAAAAGCUGUUGCAGAUGCCUUUCGGGAUAUUUGGGUGGAAAAUCAUUCUCUAAAAUCCAAAAUGGCACUGAUGACACAGGAUUUUGAGGAAACCAAAAAAGAAACAAUGGAUUUUGAAGCCACCUGUCAACAGUAUGGAGAUGCCAUUGAACUGAUGACAAAAGCCAUGCAGCAAACAUGCUCAGAAGAUCGAAAGAAAGACCUCUCCUGAUACGGACGAAGCGGAUCAGAUGAUCAUGCGACAAAAAUUCUGCCCUCUAUUCAUGAUCAGUGAAGACAGAUU